GGAAGUAAACUUCAAGAUCCUGGCGACGCAGCUUAAAAAAGUUAUCCCCUUUGUUUACCUUUACCGUUUUCGUAAGUUAGUUUGCUAGCUAUAAUUCAUAAAAUACAAAAUGAACAGACAAGUAGAGUAUGAUUCAUAUGAGAUAGAGGAGCCAAGUGAUGAAGAAAGAGCUGAAGACAGCUCUGAGGAUGAGCUGGAUGUGCUCUUGAACGGGACCCCGGAUCAGAAGAGGAAGCUCAUCCGAGAAUACCUGACUGGGGAGAGUGAGUCCUCCAGUGGGGAUGAGUUUGAGAAAGAGAUGGAGGCAGAGCUCAGCACCACCAUCAAGACUAUGGAGUGCAAAUGGGCGUCACCUACAGCACCAGCAGGAGAGGCUUUGGGUACCAAUGACAAUGCUGCAACACCUGGGUUACCACAGCCAGAGCUUUAUGACAAUGUUUAUUUUGACUCCGAUUCAGACGAGGAGGAAACUGCUCCAAGCAGUUCCUCGGGUCAGAGACGCAGGAAACAGCGAUCCAUCCCCACCAACGAUGAACUACUGUACGACCCUGAUAAGGAUGACCGGGAUCAGGCAUGGGUGGACGCCAAGAGGAGGAGGUACAACGAAAAGAGAAGAUUGCCAUCUUCACGAAACAGAAGAGGGCAGUCCCAGGGGCUUCCAAGCAGCGAUGCUGUCCUUAACUGCCCAGCAUGCAUGACCACCCUGUGCCUCGACUGUCAAAGGCAUGACAAAUACAGGACCCAAUACAGAGCCAUGUUUGUCAUGAAUUGUACAGUAAACAAAGAGGAGAUUUUACGGUAUAAAACACUCAGUGAGAAAAAUCUGAGCAGAAAGAGGAGGAAAGGGCGUCAACCAGAUCCAACCGCAUCAACAACAACCGCAAUUGAAGCCACAGAUUCAGGAGCGGUGUUGGGGAUGGGCGGAGAGGAGAUCUACCAUCCUGUUCAGUGUACAGAGUGCUCCACUGAGGUGGCAGUGCUCGAUAAGGACGAGGUCUACCACUUUUUUAACAUCCUCGCCAGCCACUGCUGAAGAUACACCGUUGAUGUGACCUUUGUGAUAUCCCUGAUAAGACUUUUGGUGACUGAAUGUACAUGCCAACAUCUUUAUGGUAUUAUACAGGGGUGUAUUAUCAUGUAAAGAUUUGCUGUACAGCCACUGGCCUCCAACCUUAUAUUAAGUUUACCCCUAUGGUAUUUAUCGUUUUUUUUUUGUUGGAACCAAAGAUUUGUAUAUCUUCAUACUGGACUGUCUUAGGUUAGGGUAUGUAUGUUCCAAGGAAUCCGGUUAGCAAUAACCGUUUGGAAAUCUGAUUCGAGUCAGGACAGGAAGUGGAAACUGCCCUUUGCGCGUCGCUUUUUCAUGUGAUUCGAGAAUGGUAGAGAAAGAAAGACAUUAAAACGUCACUGAGUUAAUCUGCACCGGUUGACAGUUGAUUGCGUUCGUUUUGGAACUAGGCUGCCUCCUGGAUGUGAGCCAGGUGCCCUGUUCAAAGCCCGCUGGAAAGUCGGCUCAAAACAAAAGGGACGUAAUUAGCACGUUGAGUAAUGAGUCGAUUCUGUGUUUUCACAUGCAAAAAUGAUUGCUUUUGAUAAAAAACGCUAUAUCUGCCUUUCCAAUGAAAACUAGUUAGACAUUUCAAAGAUAGGCAAUAUUUAAUGGAAAAUAGAUGUGAUAUGUUUCUGGACGAUGCACCAUGCUGCCUUGUUGAUAACAUGACCGAGGGCCGCAGAUUAGGCUACUGUUCGAUUUGAGAAGGGCGCUCCUCCCUCACCGUGUUUGCCCGUUCACGCCACUGGUCAUAGGUCGGUGCGCCGCGGUUCAACACAAUCGAUUCCGCCCAUUGUUUUACCAGGAAAUAAUCGUCGAUUACGAAAAAGAAGACAGAAUAAAUACAAC